GUCUAUGAAGAUGAGGUAUGCCUCUGCAUUUUGGAUGCAAAUCCUUUGUGUUUUGGGCACUCUCUUGUCAUCCCAAAAUCUCAUUUUCCUUCUUUGCAAGAAACUCCGCCAUCAGUUGUGGCUGCCAUGAGUUCAAAAGUGCCCUUGAUUAGCAGCGCAGUCAUGAAAGCCACUGGUUGUGAUUCAUUCAACUUGUUGGUUAACAAUGGGGCGGCAGCUGGCCAGGUUAUAUAUCACACCCAUAUUCAUAUAAUUCCUCGUAAAGCAAGCGAUUGCCUAUGGACUUCCGAGAGCUUGAGUAGAUGUCCUUUGAAGUCAGACGAAGCUCAGAAACUUGCAGAUGGUAUUCGGGAAAACUUAUCGUUUUCAAACAACUUUGAAGAUAGCAAGGGGCAAGGAUCAAGUCUCAUUGUGAACUAGGGGUACUGCACACAGGAGUUUGUAAAACUAGAGGCGGAUCUAAGACGCGUUCUGUCUUUCUGGUCGAACUAUGCACACACAUUCGCAUAGAAGAAAAGACGUGUACAUAUCAUGCGAUAACACUUUUUCUGAAUUCACCGAUUCUAGAUCCUGAAUUUGCCUCUGUUGUAAACUAUUUCGACUCGACUUUCCGUUUGUUUCCUGUGAUUCUGUUGCUGCAGAAUUGGUGAAAUGAGCUACAUUUGUUGUAAAUUAGUUUGUGAACUUGUAGUGAGAGUACAACAGCAAUGUCGUUGUUCUUUUUUUGACUUUGACAACAUUGUACACUGCCUGUUUCAUCCUUGAAAACAUUGGAAAACCUGUGAUUUCAUCA